UGAUUUGGGGGAUGAUGGGAGCCCAGCUGCUGUUUUAGGUUCAUCAGAGCAGGAGAACUCAUAUUCUGCCCUGUCCACAGCCCAAAUUGAUCCAGCCCUGCACUAACAUCAUACACCAGUCAGGUGGCGUUUCCUCCUCUGGCCCAGUCCACUGUGUACUCAUCCUUCCCCCAGACAGGCCAGACCUACGGUCUCCCACCUUUUGGUGCUAUGUGGCCAGGCAUAAAAACAGAGACAGGGCUGCCUGAUGCGCCCUCUGGUGGCCAGCCUGGGUUUCUCAGUUUCAGCUCCACAUAUACCUCAACCCAGCCAGGCCAGCUGCACUACUCAUACCCCAGCCAAGGCUCAAGCUUCACAACAUCCAGUGUGUAUUCCAACAUCCCUUCAGCUACAGCUGCGACUACAACCGCCUCGGCGGUGGCCCAUCAGGAUUUUAGCAGCUAUAACUCUCUGGGACAGAGUCAGUUCUCUCAGUACUACACUCUUCCUCCCAGCUACGUGCCUGCUGGGCUACCUAACAGUGAUGAGCACGGUGGCGGUGCAGGCGUCGCCGGAUAUUCAGCAGUAAAAUCAGAGGAGGCCGCCUCAGCUGGACUGCCUCCUAGAGAUGCGUCCCCACCAGAAAACCUGCCUGUUUGCGCGGCUCUUCCUACAGCUGUGGCAGUGCCCGCUGGAGCUCGAGAUCAGGACGAGGUCGGCCGCAGCAACUCGGUGGGCAAAGCCAAAGGGAAGGGCAAGAAGUCUGAUAACUCUCCACCUGCUGAGAGUGACCUGGAGCGCAUUUUUUUAUGGGAUCUGGAUGAAACCAUCAUUAUAUUCCACUCUUUGCUCACCGGCUCUUACGCUCAGAAGUUUGGCAAGGACCCGGCAACUGUGUUGAACUUGGGCUUACAGAUGGAGGAGCUGAUCUUUGAGCUGGCAGACACCCAUCUUUUCUUCAAUGACCUUGAGGAGUGUGAUCAAGUCCAUGUUGAGGAUGUGGCCUCUGAUGACAAUGGACAGGACCUGAGCAACUACAACUUCAUGGCGGAUGGAUUUAAUGGCCCCAGCGGUGGAGGUGCAUCAGGAACCACCACAGGAGUUCAGGGAGGGGUGGAGUGGAUGCGUAAACUGGCCUUUCGCUACCGCCGGCUAAAAGAGAUCUACAAUAGUUACAAAGGAAAUGUCGGGGGCCUGUUGAAUCCCAUGAAGAGGGAGCUGCUGUUGAGGCUUCAGUCCGAGAUCGAGAAUGUUACAGACUCCUGGCUCAGCACUGCACUCAAGUCUCUGCUGCUCAUCCAGUCCAGGGGGAAGUGUAUGAACGUGUUGGUCACCACGACUCAGCUGGUUCCAGCUCUGGCCAAAGUGCUGCUCUACGGCCUGGGAGACGUCUUCCCCAUCGAAAACAUCUACAGUGCCACAAAAAUAGGGAAAGAGAGCUGCUUUGAGAGGAUCGUCUCUUGCUUUGGGAAAAAAGUGACUUAUGUGGUGAUAGGUGACGGCCGAGAUGAGGAAUUUGCAGCAAAACAGCACAACAUGCCUUUCUGGCGGAUCUCCAGUCACGGCGACCUCGUGUCCCUUCACCAAGCGCUGGAAUUGGACUUCUUGUAACGAGGAUGCUGUUGAAUGUUGUGCACUCAAAGGGAAAAUGUUGUCGUCGUACUGGUGACUUGUGGAGUGAAACUGUGUGUUUGAAAAAUUCUCCACAAGCCCAACAAUCCACACUCCCCUGUUAGAAAUCUGCUCUCGCUGUCCGACGACUUGCAUCUCGCUGUGUGUUGGUGAACAUUUUGAGGUGGACUUUGCGUCGGAGCCGCCUGCGAGAAACAAACUGGACGCGUCAGUCAUCAGAAGUAAGGUUCCUCUCGCCCAGCACCCCCUCCUCUACGGCAGCUAAGCUCACUGCGGCUGAAACUGGCACUGAUUUGGACACGGAAGGGAUGACUUCUAUUAUCCAGCUUCUUCACGGUUUUUGGCUUUUGUUUUCACAUAAGCAUCCAAAUGUCCUGCAGCGAACAUCACCCCUCAACUCUCACUGAGUUUAAACGGCUAAAGAGACGUUGUUUGUUGGUGGCUUUGUCUGUGGAGGUUGUUAUAGCUUUUUAUUUUGAAAAAUCUCUUUCUGGGGUGACUUGAAAGCAUAAUUUUGCCUUUAUUUUUUUUCAUCAUGUUCCUGACAGUCAUCAGGUACCAAUUAAUCCCACUUUUAUGUAUUGCCUCUCAUGUAGCCAGAGCGUUAUUAAACAAAAGGUACUCAGUGAUGGAGGGCGGCAGGGGCCAUUAAUCUCUGACUAUCAUGACAAGACCAAACCACACCAUCAGUUCUGACCUCUCCACUGUGUGUGAUCCGUGGUCACUGAGCGUGUGCUAAGGAUAAGAGAUGCAAACUGCAGGAAGUGGUAAUAAGUGUGGGGAAAAAAUGCACAGAGCAUCAUCAGUUUCAUGGAUGACUGGGCAGAAGGAUCACAAUUUUAUUAUUAUUUUUCCCCCAUUGUUUGGUUUUCAGACUCGUGGCUUCAUUUGAUGUUUUAUAAGGCAAGAAAACAAAUAUGUGACUUAACAGAAUACUGAAAAAAUAAGUAAUAAAAGUUUAAUAAAUGAUAAAUAAUAAAUAUUAUAAUAGCUUCCAGUUACAUUCCAGGGCUGGACUACAUACGUAGAACUACAUCCUAGUGAGACUUAAAUAUCUGACGUUGCUGUAGUUAUCCUUUUUCCUCUUGUGGCUGUAAAGAGCUUCUUUAACUGAAGCGUGUUCACUAAGCGAAAGCUGAAGUUUUGUCAUAUAAGGACUUAAAAACAUUUUUUCCACCCUAUGCCAAUGAUAAUCAACAUUGUUUGUGUCCUUUGGGCUCCUCAGAGCACAGUCCCAAGUGCCCAGGCAUAUUUAGCAUUAUUUAAUGCUAAAUAAUUAGCAUUAAUAAUGCUAAUUAUUUAAUGACAGUAAUCACUAUUUCCUCCCAACAGCCCUGUAAGGUUUUCCUGUGUAAGACAAUAUAAUGUAAAUACAUUUUAAAGGUU